AUGAAGACGUGGGUCUUCUUUACAAUAUUAUUCCUGGCCACAUCGAAUGUGACCUCAAAGGCCACCUACAAACGAACAGAUACAAUGUUUCUGGCAAUGGUUUGUCAGGAUGAAUGCGUAAUUGACAUCCGUUUCCUUGUAAGGACUACCUCCACCCGUUGAGCAUUUCUAUCCGACACUUCCAGGCACAAGGAACAUCAGACGGACUCUCCCCGAACAACACUGAAGUUCUCUUCGCCUUCACCCUGUCCUCCAACAACGGAACCCUUCGAGAAACCACUAUCGACGUGGCAGAAAAUGUCGAUCUUAUUGAGUUCGUUUACACAGUUCCAGAUGAGAACGGAACGACAACAGAGACGGAUGACUGGAAUCUGAAUCAUUCGGAGUCGUAUUUCCACUCGAUCGGAUCACUCCAAGUUGUUGGAAAUAUGCCAUGUGGAAAGUGAGUUAUUCUGUCACAUAUGUCACCUUCUGAGAUGAGCGAAAAUGCGUUUUUUGAAUGGGAAUCAGUUCGAAACAUAUCUAGACAUGUGGUGAGCAUAUUUUAUUAGACGACAAUUGAUGAGUUGGGAACGUGGCCACUUCAAGAACGUUUUCAAUGUUUCCAGAUACGGAUGUCCGCAGAACCCUCUCUGCGACGGCGGCUGCCGCUUCACUGUCGUCGCUUCACUGGCGGCGUUCUGUUUCUUCGUGCUCGCCGGACUUGUGCUCCAGACCGUUUACGUCUCUUUUCUGGGAUUCCGUCGCAACCGGAAGGAAAUCGAAUUGCGCGAUACUCUCCGUUUGACUGAAGCCGCCCAUUGA